AGCUGGAGUGGGGCAGGUGGUGGUGUCUGCGUAUGAAAGGCGUUUUGGGGUCUGACCGGUUAUCCCUACGUCAGUGCGUUUUACUGUAUCUACCUGAGCAGGAAGACUUGACACGAGACAGUACUGGUAAACAGGGCCUGUAGCCUAAUAAUGUCAGCAAGUGAGACUAAAACAAAGAACCAUCCAGCAGCCUUGGCUCGAGAGCUCACCUGCCCCAUCUGCUUGCAGCUCUUCUCUGAGCCUGUUUCUCUGCCCUGUGGUCAUGUGUACUGUUUUGCUUGCAUUCGAACUAUGGGAGAAGGCCUCGACCAACACAGCUGCCCUGAGUGCCAGGCAGAAUACCAGGGAACCAAAGACAUUGUGAAAAGCUUAAACAUGUGCAGCAUAAUUGAGACCUACAAAGCCACUGCAGGGAAUGUCAACCCCUCCGCAAACCUUCUUGAUGUUAGUUAUGAAAUUGAGAGUGAUCCUUUUAUGGAUGAAUCAAACAUGAACUAUCACCAGGACAUAGCAGCAGCUGGAGUGAAUCAGGAGGAGACCUCAGGGUGUAAGGGAAAUGGCUUUCAAAUUGGGUGUGGAUCUUCUUUGGAUCAAGAACAAGGCAGUGGAAAAAGCAAGGUGGAACUGGAGGAACCUAAAUUCAGACUGGCCUCUCAAAUCACAGAGUUGACCCUCAAGUUGGAGAUGGCAGAGAGUGUGUUGAAGAAAGAGAGGGAAAUGGAAGUUGAUGUGACUGCUGCUAAUGCUCAGCAAAGAGAAAAGGCAUCAAAGCUUUUAGGGCAGAUAAUGGAUUUGUCACAGAGCUACAGUGCACAGGUGACACAGCUGAUUGAAGAAGAGCUUCAUCCAGGCGAGGCCAGUAUAUGCAGCCGAGUCAGUAGAGCUUCUGAGCUGACAAAGCAGCUGAGGCAGGCUGUGCUCAGAGCCGAGUCUCUUCUGACUGAGGAAGACAAGACUGCAUUUACUGACGAUCUUCAAAGUCUACAACCACUAAUUGUGGAGUUGAUGGCAAAACCCAUGGAAGAAGAGGAAGACCAUGUGGAAUCCAAAGUAAACCCAGCUCGAGCCUGUCCCAAGCUGGAACACAUGAAUGCUGAGCUGAGGGAGAGGCUUGGAGAGAUUCAGCGCUCCCUUCGAAACACCUUCAACCCUUCAGAGGUGACAUUUGACCCAGAAACAGCCCACCCCAACCUGAUCCUCUCAGCGGACUUGAAGACAGUGACUUUCAGCUCUAACAAACAGCCAUACCCAUCUUCUCCUCAGAGGUUCAUCAACUUCUUCCAGGUCCUAAGCACCCAGAGCUUCUAUGAAGGCGAUCACUGCUGGGAGGUGGAGCUUGAAGUCGCUCCAUGGAUCAUUGGAAUUUGCUACAGUGGGAAGCUAGCACGCGCUGGGCUGCCCUCUGCUUUGGAAAGCAGCCGGAGCUCCUGGUGCCUGAUGUGGUUCGACAAUCGUCUGACAGCCUUUGAGCAGGGUCACGAUGUGCCACUGAGGAGGACCACAGUAUCACGCAGGCUAGAGAUCCAGCUGAGCUUCAAGACCCACAGGCUGAGCUUUUACAAUAUAAGCCCCAACAGUGGGAAAACCCAUGUGUACACGUUUAAGGCUAACCUGACUGAACCAGUACACCUGGCCUACAGGAUGAUGACAGGGCACCCCAAAGCACGUGUCACUAUCUAUUCAUAAUCAUUUUUGCCUUGCACUUUGGGCGCUUUGUGUGAUAAUGUAGGACUGCUUUGUAAGUCUACACAGGCAAAGAAAACAUAAAUGUGAAUAAAUGACUUACUGCAGUGUGCAUUAAAUGUAGUGCUCAAAAUGCUGUGCCCAGAAAUAUUAUUCUAUUGAUGUUUAA